CAACCCCGCUCAAGUAACAAUGCGAAAUAGAAUAUGACAUACGAGACCCUCGAUUGGCCUUAAACCCAUCGAAAACUUUACAUAUGGCAGCUGAGAGGCAAAUCGCAUGGUUGGUAUCUCUAUGUGUGGCGGAAGUGGGGACACGUACCAGUACUGCACGGCUGAAUCAAGACCGGUCAGGAUUUGGGGGGAACUGAGGUCUGGGUUACUUCAAAACCAGAGGUCUUGCCAAGACUUUUGUUAUAACACAGCAGGACAAACGCUUACACCGGUGAUGUGGGAGCUGGUACCAACAUCAGAAACUGAGAAUCGAAGGAGAGGAGAGCAGAGGAGAUCGGAAGAAUCGCCUUUGUCAUGCCUGAGUCAAUACCUCUUUCACCGCAAGAGGACAACUCUCAUCAGCUUCCUCUGCGUCAGCUUCGGUUUGAUCGUGCUGAUCCUUUUUCAUCCAGCGACCGCCGACUUCUUCCUUGGGCCUCCAGGUCCUCAUGGUCCGCCAGGAUCGGAUCAUCCUGGUCCACGUUUCGACUUUGGCAUGGGAAGACAUAAACCGACGCCGCUGCUCCUCCCACAUCUUCGUCAUCCCACGGAACAGUCCAAGAACGUUACACAGAAUCCGUUACUCCAAGACGAAAUCAUCGCAUAUGGCCCUUUUACCGCCGAGAUCCCAUACGUCGUCGAAGUCAGCCAACGGUUCAAGAUGCGUUUUGCGUGCACAUAUGCACUAGAGGAAGGUUGGUGCCCUCAAACUUACUUCGUUUGGUUCAAAGGACCGACUUCCGCGGUGGUUCCCGUGGAGGAUGAGUACAUCACUAUGGUGGACAGCUCCACCAUCCAGAUUGAAUGGAUGAUUCGGGAUCCGGGUGUGUACGAGAUCUACGUAUGGCCAGAGUAUGAGCACUGCGAGCACUACAACUGGAUGAAGUUCCCUCUCUCGAAAUGCAUGGUGUACGGGGCUCCAUUUCAAAUCGACGUAGUCGGUCCACCACCGAUUGACUCGAUGACGCCCUGUACGGGCGUGAUGAAGACAGAGGAAGCAGACGGGAGGUGGAUCUCGACCAAACAUAUCGCACCACGAUAUCUGUCCGAAGCAUGGGCCCGGACAUACUUCCAAGGUCCAGCAGAGGAGAUACCGGAGUAUAUAUGGCAACCCUACACCUGCAAGCGUUCUUGUCCUGUCAUGGCCACAGCCCUCGAUGACCCCGAGUACUCGCACAUCAACCACGUCCUCUACAUCGGUGACUCCACCACGCGGUCCCCUUAUUGCGGCCUAAUCUACCCAGCCCUCCACGAUGGCGUGACGGACGGUGUUUGCGAAUUCCGGGGCGAUGCAUGGGGCUACCAAUCCUGGCCAUUCCGAGUCUUCGACUACCUCACCGCCGCUAACCGCGAAACACGUUGGAGCUACAUCUACAUGGGCGGCAAGGAAAUAUCUUACGACGAAGCCUACCGCCGGAUGUCUACCAUAGCGUCCGAAUCACACCCAGUCUCUCAUAUCGUCGUUAAUAUCGGGUUGUGGCUUCAGCAGACCCACAACGAGACGGAGUAUGCGGAGGAGGUGAGGCAGUUGUUGGGAACUGUAAGGGACCAUUGGCCCGAGGCGUAUGUGAUAUGGAAAACUACGACGAGUAUUGUGCAUCCGAUUAAGUGCAAUGAUGGGAAGCUCGUAAGGCCGAAUACGCGUGUGCAGAGGCGGGUGUCUAUGGAUGUCGUGGAGGAGUUCCGUGAUGAGCUGGGUAUGCGGAUCGAUGCGGUUGACGCCAACACUCUCACCGAUGGACGACCGGACGCGACGAAUGACGCGAGACAUUGGGUAGUGGAGAGAAAUGGAGAAGGUUUGAGAGGAUUUCACGCAGAUCGUGGGACGGUUAGGAGACUUGGUGAAGCGGAAAUGGGUGUGCAGGAGUGGAUCUGGGAUUUAUGGAGGCUUGAAGGACAGGUGAAGUUGAACAGCAUUGAUGAUCGCCAAAUGUAGUGAUGGGCUUAGUAUAUCUUAAUGGACUUUAAUUGGCC